AUGCGUCCAAAUCCGAAGCAGCUGGUCGACUUCUUCUCGCGCUCGCUCUCGUCUUUCCACUCAUCGCCCGAUGUCUUCCGCAUUCUAUGCACACUGCCCCAUCACAGCGGCAGCAAAGAGCCAGCUUCACGGCCGUCGACUGCAAAGCCGCGGCAGAGAUUAGUGGUUCUGGAUUCAAGCUUCAAUCCACCGACUCGGGCGCAUGCCGAGAUGGCAAAGUCGGCCCUCAAGUGGGCUUCUUCUUCUUCUUCAGAAGGCGGGGCUGCACGCUUGAUGCUGCUGCUGUCGGUGAACAAUGCGGACAAGGCGCCCAAGCCGGCGAGUUUCCCGACGCGGCUGGGGAUGAUGGAAGGAUUCGGGCAUGAGCUGCUGAGGAGCUUUGACGGCGAGGGGGAGGGGCGGCCGGAGAUUGACCUGGCCGUGACGAAGAUGCCGUAUUUCCACGACAAGGCGAGGGUGAUUGCCGAGAGCGGGUUCUACGGGCCCUUGGGGAGCAGCGCAGGGCCGGAGCAGAUUUUCCUGGCGGGCUUUGAUACGGUGAUUCGGAUAUUCAAUCCAAAGUAUUACAGUACGGAGGAGGGCGGCAUGAGGGCGGCGCUCGGGCCGUUUUUCGAGAGGGCGAGGCUACGGGUCACGAUGAGGACGGAUGAUGAGUGGGGAGGGGAGGAUGAGCAGGUGGGAUAUGUGAAGGGGUUGGGAGAGGGCGGGUUGGAUGAGGUUGGGGGGGAUGCUGCGUGGGCUGGGAGGGUGGAUUUGGUGGAAGGGAGGGAGGGGAGUGGUAAGGGAUCUAAAUAA